UUCUUCCUCUUCUUACUCAAAGGUGGUUUUCUACACAGUGAAGAGAGUCUCUCUUCUCUUCCCCCAUUUUCUUCACACUUUUGUAUAGAAGAGAAACUCUUUCACCCACAAACCUCCUCUACCCAAAUUCUUCAUAAACAACCCUAAAGUUUUCUUUUUUUUUUCUUCUUCAAAUUUUCUUGAAUUAUCCUAACAAUGGACCUUGCUACAAAGCUCCAAGUAAUCGACUUUCGUUCCACUUUCCUCACUGGCAGAGCAAAUAUUCUUUGCCCUCGUGGUGUUAUUCCCCCAAUACCCUCUAAUACCGCUGUGAAUACGGUUUUCAAUAACCCCAGAAGAAGAAAAGCUCUUAGAAUUUCAUCAAAAUUGAAAGCUGUGGCUGUUGAAACUGCUGAAACAGAGGUAAAAGAAGAUAUAGAGUCGUUGUUUUCUAGUAAUUCUAGUGAUGAAUUUGAUUAUUCCAGAAGGGGUAAUAAGCAAUCAGGUAAUGGGGCUUCGAGUAUUUCAUCUGGGGUUAGGCUAGAGAAUGUUAGCAAGAGUUAUAAAGGUGUUACGGUGUUGAAAGAUGUGAGUUGGGAAGUGAAAAAAGGUGAAAAAGUAGGUUUAGUAGGUGUAAAUGGUGCAGGGAAAACGACCCAAUUGAGGAUUAUAUCUGGUUUGGAAGAACCAGAUUCUGGCAAUGUGAUUAAGGCAAAACCCAAUAUGAAGAUUGCAUUUUUAAGCCAAGAAUUUGAGGUUGAGUCGACAAGAACUGUGAAGGAAGAGUUUAUGAGUGCAUUUAAGGAGGAAAUGGAAGUUGCUGAGAGACUUGAGAAGGUUCAGAAGGCAAUUGAGAAAUCUGUUGAUGAUUUGGAGCUGAUGGGGAGGCUAUUGGAUGAGUUUGAUUUGCUGCAGAGGAGGGCACAAGCUGUGGAUUUGGAUGUGGUGGAUGUUAAGAUUAACAAGAUGAUGCCGGAGUUAGGAUUUGCUCAAGAGGAUGCAGAUAGGCUUGUGGCAUCAUUUAGUGGUGGCUGGCAAAUGAGGAUGUCUCUGGGCAAGAUCUUGCUGCAGGACCCGGAUCUGUUAUUACUGGAUGAACCGACCAAUCAUCUUGACCUUGAUACGAUUGAGUGGCUUGAGGGUUAUCUGAAUAAGCAAGACGUUCCGAUGGUCAUUAUAUCCCAUGACCGAGCUUUCCUUGAUCAGUUGUGUACAAAAAUUGUGGAGACUGAUAUGGGUGUAUCUAGGACAUAUGAAGGAAAUUACUCGGAUUAUAUUAUUUCAAGGGCUGAAUGGAUUGAAACACAGAAUGCUGCAUGGGAAAAGCAACAGAAGGAAAUUGAGCAAACAAGAGAUUUGAUAAGUAGGUUAAGUGCAGGAGCAAACUCAGGUCGUGCAUCUACAGCUGAAAAGAAGCUGGAGAAACUUCAGGAGCAGGAACAAGUUGAUAAGCCAUUCAUUAGGAAACAAAUGAAGAUUAGGUUCCCAGAACGUGAAAGAAGUGGGAGAACAGUUGUGAAUGUUAAAAAUCUGGAAUUUUCCUUCGAGGAUAAGGUUCUUUUCAAGAAUGCAAACUUGACAAUUGAGAGAGGAGAGAAAAUUGCCAUUAUUGGUCCUAAUGGGUGUGGAAAGAGCACCUUUCUUAAACUGAUUAUGGGCUUACUGAAGCCAACACAAGGUGAAGUUGUGCUUGGGGAGCACAACGUAUUACCAAAUUAUUUUGAGCAGAAUCAGGCUGAGGCACUCGAUUUGGAAAAAACUGUCCUUGAAACUGUAGCAGAAGCUGCUGAGGAUUGGAGACUAGAUGAUAUAAAAGGACUCCUUGGACGUUGUAAUUUUAAAGCUGACAUGCUUGAUAGGAAGGUUUCCUUUUUGAGUGGCGGUGAGAAGGCACGUCUGUCCUUCUGUAAGUUCAUGGUGACCCCUUCAACUUUGCUAGUACUGGACGAGCCAACCAAUCAUUUGGACAUUCCAACGAAAGAGAUGCUUGAGGAGGCAAUUACGGAGUAUAAAGGCACUGUGAUAACUGUUUCUCAUGAUCGGUACUUCAUAAAACAAAUUGUUAACAGAGUAUUGGAAGUAAAAGAUGGCACUUUACAUGAUUAUGAAGGAGAUUACGAAUAUUAUUUGGAGAAAAACCUUGAGGCCAGGGAAAGAGAGCUUGAACGAGAGGCAGAGAUCGAGGAUAAGUCUCCAAAAGCUAAAGCCAAAUCCAAGAUGUCAAAGGCGGAAAAGGAAGCUCGGAAGAAACAGAAAAUGCAGGCAUUCCAAGCAGCAAAACAGAAGUCGAAGAAAUCGAAGAACUCCAAGAGGUGGAACUGAAAUGGUUUUUUUAGAUGCUCCCAUUCAGCUCCUUUGCUCUCUGUACAAAGCUUCAGUGAGCUACAUUAUCCAUCUUCAUAUUGUAUAUAAUAAGAAAUAGAUUAAAUAUAGUACUAGUUGAUUAUUCCUGUCAAACAUGCAGUCUAAUUCAUAGUCUCAUGAUCUAUCCUAUUUUCUGGAAAAUCAGAGAUUAUUCUUGUCAAACAUGCAGUCUUAUUCAUAGUCUCAUGAUCUAUCCUAUUUUCUGGAAAUUCA